AUGCCGGCUGGUGGCGCCGUCUGCAGGGCUAUCGCCGUCUCUCUCUGCGUGACCGCUGCGCUCAGCCAGUGGUCGACGAGCGUCCCGCGCGUCUUUGGCCUCAUUCCGGCGUACACCUUCUCCGUGCACAGCUACCCGUGGAAUAUUUUCAGCUACAUCUUCGUGGAGUCCAAUGUUAUCCUCUGCGCGCUUGGCGUCGCCUACAUGCUCAGUGUUGGUGCGGCGGUGGAGGCCGCCCUGGGCACCGUCGCGUUUCUACAGCUGAUUAUGGUGACAGGAGUUGGAACCGCGGGCCUGCUGCUUGUCUCGAGCGCACUGAUGCAACUCGUGGGGUUUUCAUGGUUCCUGCAGUGCUUCUGCGGCGUGUGGUCUCCGGCUGCGGCACUGCUCGUCCCUUGGGUUGCGGCCUCACCGGUGACGAGUGCCCUACCAGGCGUGUUGCCCUCGCAGCUGCAGCGGCGGCACCUGCCCACGAUGCUGCUCGCCCUUGCGCUGGCCGUUGACCUGCUGUUUCGUGGCCGUCACAGCGUAACUGAGGAGGAUGUAGAUAGUGGGCGAAUCUUCCCAGGCAGCGUCUUUGUACCCGCAUUCCUGGCGCUCUGCGUCUCCUGGAGGCUCCAGUCAGUGUUCCGCGUGGAGGCGCCGGUGGCGUUUGGCGUGCUGCUUCACCCCAUCGCCGCAAGACUGUCCUCGUGCCUCGGCGUCAGCCGGCGGCGCGGCGGCGAGGCCGGCCAAAAGCCAGCCGAGAUGGAGGCCGCGGUGUCGGUCCCGGUGCUGCGCGGCGCCGCCAACCUUCCGCUGCUGCCGGGCUCCACGGAGGAGGACGCGGAACGGCGCCGCUCCAUCGCCCUGGCGGCGCUCAACUCGCGGCUGCGGGAGACCGCCUCGGCGGCCCCGGAACUCUCGAAGCGGAUUGAACUCCCGGUGUGA